AAUGAAUACAUAUAUUUCUAUCUAAAGCUAACGAAGCCUAUAGGCAAUUAUAUUGUAUCAACGAUAAGAAUAACCGAGCACUUUUAAGACCAUCGGUAUUAAUCAGAACAGAGGUGAUUGCUGCUAAGAAAGUUCUUAGAAUACAUCGUAAAGUCAGGAGGUGCGGAGAAGUUUUAGAUUUUGAGUAUUCCAGGAUGUCAACGUGAAUUUCGUAGGUGUGAAUAUCAUGAAUACUGUGAGUGUCGUAGGAAAACGACACACGCCAAGGUGCCGUCGGAACCGAAGCAUUCGUGAAGGUGGGGCGAACAUCAAAGGCGCCGCUAUCUCAUAGCGACGCAACUCAUUUUAUGUGUGUGCGAUGUGUGUUCGGACUUCCAGCCGGGACGUUCAGUCCUGUGAUAUAUAAUGUCCCUAGAUAUUGGAUCCGAUCGUAUAAAUUGUCACUGAGUUGGUAACUGCAUACUAGCGCUGCCACGCGCACUGCCACUCAACUAACAAUAAGUCAUUUUCCAGCCUUGUCCGACACUGCGAAAACACUCAUAGCUUUUUAUAAUGCACGAGGAGCACCAGUUCAUCGGCGAAGCGUCAAAUAUAAAUGUUCGUACUUCAAGUUCUUAGUAAAAUAUGAAGCCUAUCACUGAAUAAUGUUAUUUCACGAGAUAUUUCUUGACCAACUUUAUUCGUUUCUUUUUCAAUACACCAACCGAAAUACGUAGGCUGUGUCGCAGAAGAACGACAACCAGCCACGUGGUAACUUUAGUUCUUUGGAAUUCUGCGUAUCGACGGCUCCUCUCUUCAUGGCCACACACGUACUCUCCGAACGUGGUAUGUGACACCCUGAACUGUACGAUGGAAGAGCAUUGGGCAUCUGUUCUGCUGUUGAGACUAAGCAGAUAUUCCGCCUAAGGAUGCUGCUUGAUCGAAUGCAACGUUUAUAGGCACGAUUGUGCAGAUGCAUACGAGCGACAAGAGAGUGUUAUCAGUAUUGAUAAAAAAAAGGCAACUCUGACGUAAUAAUAAAGUCCGCUUUUAACAUAUGACCGUGACUGGUGGUGGUAGCGUUGUCGUGCUAUUGGCAGCGAUAGUUUGGUAGAGUGUUGGUAUUGGUCGUAAAAGCGUAUAAGAACGAGUAAAGGUUCCGUAUGGUAGAACGAAACUAGGAACAAGCAGGGGUAGCGUCGCGACGCCCUGAGGCGCCGUCCCGGAAGCCACGCCCCUGUGGAAGUCGCCGCCAACCGGGAGUCCAAACUUCCCGAACGGGAGGAGCCGCCACCUCCUGUGUCAGGUAAACCCGAAGGACUCGUUGCACACUUCAGUAUCGCUCGAACCCUCGAGUAGAGAGCUUCUUGUUCUUUUUUUUUGACCUCACGUUCCCACCAAUACAUCAGGCAGGCACUUUUCGGUACUUGUUCCAAAGUAGAAGGGACCACCCUGUAGAGAAGGAACCAAGGUGCUCAUAAGUACAUGGGACUUUAAGGCAGGGAGCAGUGAAGUGAAUGUGAAUGGUGAAAUAAUAAUAUAAAAUUGUUACCAACCUAAGAAGACAAAUUUGAAAAGCACACACCGUGAAUACUUGCUGAGGGAUAAAGAGGCUUCUCAGAUAAUGGAAACCAAGAUGGAGCCUCUAACGCCACCCCAUACGCCUCCCUCCGGCGAGCUGGUCCAUCCCCAUAGAACGUCACCACCGCGAUGGAUUCGCUCCCAGCUUCACGUACCACAUCAGCAACAUCAUCAGGCACAUCCGGCUGGUUAUCACGCAACCUUUCUGGACCACUGGUUACGGGGUGCUGCUCUCUUGGCCGUUAGGGGCUGCUGUCCGCAAACCUCACCUCACCAUCACGGACCGCAGCAUCCGUUGAUCCAUCCAGGGAUGCAAGUACCACCGCCGGCCUCAUUCCUCAGCCGACGAGUACCUGGUCAGCGACCCAAGAAACAGUUCAUCUGCAAAUUUUGUAACAGACAGUUCACCAAGAGCUACAAUCUUCUUAUACACGAAAGGACUCAUACUGACGAGAGACCUUACUCGUGUGACAUCUGCGGCAAGGCCUUUAGGAGACAAGAUCAUCUUCGGGAUCACAGAUACAUACACAGCAAAGAGAAGCCUUUCAAAUGCGGCGAAUGCGGCAAAGGAUUCUGCCAGAGCAGAACCUUGGCAGUGCACAAGAUCGUACAUAUGGAAGAAUCGCCGCACAAAUGUCCAGUCUGCGCCAGAAGUUUCAAUCAACGUAGUAAUCUGAAGACACAUUUGUUAACGCACACGGAAGCACCACAGGAUCUCAGAGUGGACGUGCCGGCGCCUAUGGAAACCGGAAUGACAGCGUCAACGACGAUUCGGCAGAUUACAGAGAGACUCGGCGGACUUCAUGCACCACAGAAAACGACUACAACCCCAAAAUUGGGUUUCAGUAUAGAAGAGAUAAUGCGACGUUAGAUCUCGUAUCCAUUGCACCUCGCGUAUAUAUAUAUAUAGUGAAUACCAUUGUAAAUAAUCAUCUGUGCAUCCUUCUUGUUAAAAAAUCAUUCCAGUGUAGCUUGUUGCGCAACGGCCAAUUUUUUAAUUUUAAUUUUCAAAAACAUAGAACGAACACAUAGAAUACAGAUAAGACAUAAAAUCGAGAUUGAUAACGAUUCUGUGCAAUUUUGUUGUAGCGAGAAAAUUGUGGCAUUACAUCAAAAUCGAUUUUUCAAAUUCAAAGCUAGUACCGUUUCUUAUGUCACUUUUCGAAAUAAUUACUAGCUGUAGAUAUAUAACGAGAAAAACAUAUUGGCAACGAACCGAUAAUUAGCUAUUUCAAUGUUAAUGUAAAGAAUAUCCAGUUGGAUCGAAUUUCACUUAAAUUAUUGAUUUCAAUAUUUUAGUCGAGAAACAGGAACUUUCAACUUAUUCUACUUCUAGGUUUAAGUACAACGAAUCAAGGGUGCAAAGUGUCUCCUUGAAUAAUGAUCCGGCGUGGAUCUUUGAUAAACGAGAAAAAUCCUAAUCUCUCAUAGCGAAGGCGUAGUCAUUUCGAAAGGACAUAAAUGUUAGAAAAAGAUAGGGAUCCCGUUCGUGGCUCGCAUACUGUAAAUAGGAUUUUUCAAGGCCCCAAUAGGUACCCGGUUGGGUCCGCGUCGAGUCCUGCAGACCCAAGCAGACCCAUGGGACCACCCACGCGCACGUCUUGUACAUAGUACAACAUAGUCGAAAGAGGACUCCGUUUUUGUGCGUGGAGCCCCCCAUUUUAUGCGCAUCCCGUCGUGUCCCUUUCGAUGUUACCACUAAUUUAAGAUCGGUGUACAUAACAUAUAUAUAUAUAUAUAUAUAUAUAUAUAUAUAUAUAUAUACAU